AUGUCGCGCAAGCAAGUAGACUCGAGAAUCCCAGCGCUCAUCCGCAACGGAGUGCAGGAAAAGAAAAGAAGUUUCUUUGUGGUUGUCGGCGACCACUCCAAGGAUACCAUCGUCCGCCUGCACUACAUCCUUUCACAAGUCGACGUCAAACAGAACAAGUCGGUGCUAUGGGCGUACAAGAACAAGUUGCUGAACUUCACCAGCCAUCGAAAGAAGCGCGAGGCGAAGAUCAAGAAAGAAAUCAAGCGCGGCACACGAGAGGCCAACUCCGAAGACCCAUUCGAACUUUUCGUUUCGCUUCAUGACAUCAGAUAUGUCUACUACAAGGAGACAGAAAAGGUUCUCGGUAACACAUACGGAAUGUGUAUCCUCCAGGAUUUCGAGGCCGUGACUCCAAACAUACUUGCGCGAACGAUCGAAACGGUCGAGGGCGGUGGUCUCGUGGUGCUACUUUUGAAGGGAAUGAACAGUCUGAAGAGCCUCUACACACUCUCCAUGGAUGUCCACUCGCGAUACCGAACCGAAGCCUACGACGAUGUUGUCGCCAGAUUCAACGAGCGUUUCAUAUUAUCACUCGGCAGCUGCGACUCGUGCCUGGUAAUCGAUGACGAGUUCAACGUCUUGCCCAUAUCAGGAGGAAAAGAUGUCAAGGCACUUCCACCCCCAGACUUGGAUCAGCCCAAGAGCGCAACGCAGGAAGAGCUGGAUGGGGUCAAGGAGAGCCUCCAGGACACCAAACCUGUUGGGUCACUCGUGACGCUUGCGAAAACGGUCGAUCAAGCCAAAGCUCUAUUGACAUUCUGCGAUGCCAUUUCAGAAAAGACCUUGAGGAAUACGGUCACACUGACCGCUGCGAGAGGAAGAGGCAAAUCUGCGGCAAUGGGUGUGGCUGUCGCAGCGGCCGUUGCGUAUGGCUACAGCAACAUCUUCGUCACCUCGCCUUCUCCCGAAAAUCUCAAGACGUUUUUUGAGUUCAUAUUCAAGGGCUUCGACGCCUUGGGUUACAUGGACCACGUUGAUUACUCUAUUAUCCAGUCCCAGUCUCCGGAGCUGAACAAGGCCAUUGUCAGGGUCAACAUUCACCGUGAUCACAGGCAAACCAUUCAGUACAUCAGGCCGCAGGAUGCGCAUGUUCUUGGUCAAGCAGAAUUGGUCGUCAUAGACGAGGCUGCUGCCAUCCCAUUACCAUUGGUAAGGAAGCUGAUGGGCCCAUACCUGGUCUUUAUGGCAUCCACCAUCAAUGGUUACGAAGGAACAGGACGCUCUCUAUCACUGAAGCUCAUCAAGCAGCUAAGAGAGCAGUCAAGACCUGGGGCGGUCACAAACGGGGAGGGUGAGCUUGCGGACAGAUCUACGGGCAAGGCCGCCAAGAAUCAGGAGUCCUCUCAUCUUGGUAGCAGGACAUUGCGGGAAAUCACUUUGUCGGAGCCGAUUCGUUAUGCACAAGGAGAUUCUGUGGAAAGGUGGCUGAACAAGCUUCUCUGCCUGGACGCGACGCUUCCAAAAGCCAAGCUCAGCCAAGGCUGCCCUGACCCGGCGCAGUGUGAACUGCUGCACGUCAACCGCGAUACCCUCUUCAGCUUCCAUCCCGUGCCGGAGAAGUUUCUCCAGCAGAUGGUUUCUCUCUACGUUUCAAGCCAUUACAAGAACAGUCCCGACGACCUACAACUCAUGAGUGAUGCCCCUUCACAUGAGCUGUACGUGUUGGUGCCGCCUGGAGCAACAGAAGGGAGUCGCCUGCCGCAACCGCUUUGCGUCAUACAGGUGGCUCUUGAGGGUAAGAUCAGCCGGCAAAGUGUGCUCAACUCUCUGAGCAGGGGAAGAAGACCUGAUGGUGAUUUGAUCCCAUGGCUGGUCAGUCAGCAAUUUCAAGAUGAAGAGUUUGCUUCUCUCUCUGGAGCCAGAAUUGUCCGGAUUGCAACGAACCCAGACUAUGCCUCGAUGGGUUACGGCUCAAGAGCGCUGCAGCUUUUGACUGAUUACUACGAGGGAAGAUUCACGAAUCUCUCAGAGGAUGCGGACAUUGCGGGCGAGGGGACGAUGACCAGGGUGACUGACGCAGAGCUGGCAAAUGCGACCCUCCUGGAUGAUAAUAUCAAGAUCAGAGACCAGACCAAGAUGCCGCCGCUAUUCUCCGUGCUCUCUCAGCGCAGGCCAGUAGAGCUCGAUUAUGUCGGCGUAAGCUACGGAUUGACGCAGCCAUUGCACAAGUUCUGGAAACGGGCGUCGUUCGCGCCGGUGUAUCUGAGACAGACGGCCAACUCACUGACAGGUGAACACACGACCGUCAUGAUCAGGGCAUUGGAGAGGGGCGGCGACAGGAGCUGGCAAGGUGCCUUCUCUCGUGAUUUCCACCGCCGAUUCAUGGAGCUUCUCUCCUAUCAGUUCAGAACCUUCCCCUCCGUCUUAGCUCUGAGCAUUCACGAAAGUGCCAAUGCUGGGGCAGCUUUGGACGACGUUGAGCCCCGCCCGUUAUCAAAGGCAGAGCUCGACGAGCGUUUCACCCCCUACGAUCUCAAGCGCCUAGAGUCGUACUCGAACAACUUGCUAGACUACCACGUCAUCCUCGACCUCAUCCCAAGGGUAGCAGAGCUCUACUUCUCGGGACGCAUCAAGGGUGCAGUCGAUCUCAAGGGUAUUCAGCAAUCGAUGCUGCUCUCAAUCGGUCUACAGCGCAAGGACAUGGACGCUGUGGUGGAGGAGCUUCCAUCCCUACAAAUGUCACAGUUGCUCGCCAUGUUCAUCAAGAUCAUGCGCAAGGUCACGGCACACUUUAGCAGCAUUGUUUCUGGGGCUUACGAUGCCGAGAUGCCCCGGAAGGACAUUGGCGUCAGCCGCGAGAACGCUGCAGGAGUGCACGACGAUGAGAUAGUCGACAGCAAGUUCCAGCCUUUGGAGAAGUCUCUGGAGGAGGAACUUGAGGAGGAGGGAGAUGAGGCGCUGAAGGAGGUGAGAAGGCAGCAAAGAGAGUUAAUUGACUCUCUUCCUCUUGAGAAAUACCAAAUCGAGGGCAACGACGACGUGUGGAAAGAAGCCGAGGAGCAGGUGAAAAAGGGCAAGGGAAGCAAUGUCGUCAGUGUCAAGAGCAGCAAGCAGAAGAGAAAAGCUGGCCAAACCGCGGAAGAGGUUUAUAACGAGGCGUUUGGGGAGAAAAAGCACAAGAAGCACAAGAAACCCAAGAAGUAA